GCCCUCUCGGCGGGCACGGGAUCGAUCGCCAUCGACGCCGGCGCCGGCUGCGGCAAGACGUUCGUGCUCACCGAGCGAUUCCUCUCGCACCUCGACCCCGAGAACGAGGCGACCGUCACCGCGUCGUUCGAUGAGCUCGUCGCGAUCACGUUCACCGACGCCGCCGCGCGCGAGAUGCGUAACCGCAUCCGGGAGAAGUGCCGCGAACGGCUCUUGAACGCGAAGGGGGAUCGCGUCGGCUUUUGGCGGACCAUGCUGCGUUCGCUCGACGCGGCGCGAGUCUCGACGAUCCACUCGUUCGCCAGCGGCCUGAUCCGUGACCACGCCAUCGAGCUGGGCAUCGACCCGGCCUUCUCGGUGCUCGACCCGGCCGAGGCGGCGGUGCUGAAGUCGGCCGCGAUCGACGACGCCCUGCGGCAACAGCUCGCCCCCCGCGACGGCCAGGCGGCCGACGACCUGAUCGCCACCGCGGCGGAGUUCGACCUCGGCGGUCUGCGGGACCGCAUCCACCUGCUCGUCAAGGACGCCACAUCGCCCGACUUCCGGCGCUGGCUCCGCGCGAAGCCCGACGACCUCGUGACGGCGUGGCGGGCGUUCUACGUCGAGCACGUCGCCCCGCGUUACGCACAAGAGUUCUUGCAGAGCCCGCUCGUCACGGAGCUGCUCGAACUGAUCACAACCGCAACGCCCGUCAAAGAGGGCUUCAUCGACUGGAUCAUCGACUUCGGCGCCGCGAUCCGCGCGAUCCCCGACGCCAAGGACCAAGACGACGCCCUGCGGGCGCUGCGGCCGAUGCUCGACUUCCGCGUCGCCGGGCGCGGCGACUUGUGUGGCGUCAAAGAUUGGCCCGACAAAGAAUCGAAGGCGCGGUUCACCGCCCUGCUCAAAGCGAUGCGGGACGUGCUCGACAAGCAGCGUCGCGCGGGCGACCCCGAGUCGAUGCGCCGCGCCGCCGAAUUGGGCAUCCAACUACAACACCUCGCCGCCGACGCCGCCAAGCACUACCGCAACGCGAAGCGCGAGCGCGGCGUCCUGGACAACGACGACCUCUUGGUCGAAGCCCACCGGCUGCUGACGGACAAGGCGCUCGAAGACGCCCGCCGCCGCAUCGCGGGGCGCGUGCGCGUCUUGCUCGUUGACGAGUUCCAAGACACCGACCCGCUGCAAGCCGAGCUGGUGCAAGCGAUCCUCGGCGACGGCAGCGACGGUGGUGAGGAAGACCGAACGCUGUUCUUCGUCGGCGACUUCAAGCAAUCGAUCUACCGCUUCCGCGGCGCGGCGCCGGAGGUCUUUGAGCAGAUGCAAGCGGCGACGCCCCCCGGCGGGCGGCUGACGCUCUCCAAGAAUUUCCGCAGCCAGCCGGCGGUGCUCGACUUCGUCAACACGAUGUUCGCGCCGAUCUUCGGCGCGAAGUACCUGCCGCUGCGGUCGAGCCGCCCACAGGUCGGCCCACGGCCCGCGGUCGAGAUGCUGUGGACGCCGCCCGAAGAAGACCAGAGCAGCGACGCCGCCCGUCCCGCCACGCCCGGCGACUUCGCGAUCCUGUUCCGCGCGCUCAGCGACGUGGCCGCGUACGAGCAGGCGUUGCGCGAGGCGGGGUUGCCCUACUACCUUGUCGGCGGGCACGCCUUCUACGCACAACAAGAGGUCUACGACGUCCUCAACCUCCUGCGGGCGGUGCUCAGCGAAUGUGAUGAGAUCGCGCUGGCUGGCGUGCUGCGGAGCCCGCUGUUUGGCCUCACCGACGAGACGCUCUUCUGGCUCGCUCGCAGCGGCGGUCUCUCGGGAGGGCUCUUCCAGUCGAAGCUGCCGCGCGAGCUGCUGGAUGACGACGCUCGCAAAGCGGCGCAGGCCCGCGACGUGCUCACCGCGCUGCGCCGCGACAAGGACCGCCUCGGCGCCGCCGAACUGUUGCGCCGAGCGUUCGACGCCACGGGAUACGACGCGACGCUCGUCGCCGAGUUUCUCGGCGAGCGCAAGCUGGCGAACCUUGAAAAGCUCCACGAGCAGGCGCGCGAAGCGGACGCGUCGGGCUCGGGCCUGCGGGGUUUCGCCGCGCGGCUGACAGAGUUCAUCCACUCGCCCCCGAAGGAAGCGCUCGCCGCCACGACCGAGGGGGACGCCGACGUCGUGCGGCUGAUGACGGUGCACGCCUCAAAGGGCCUGGAGUUCCCGAUCGUCGUGCUCCCCGACCUCAACCGCAAGACGCGUGGCGACACCACGACGGCGGUCUUCGAUCGGCGGCUCGGCCCGCUGGUCAAGCCGACGCUGCGUCCCGAGGACGACGACAAGAAGGGCCCGCCGAUCGGCCUGGACUUCUGGAAGGCCGCCGAGAAGCCGCUCGACGACGAAGAACGCGACCGGCUGUUCUAUGUCGCCUGCACCCGGGCGGCCGACCGGCUCAUCUUGUCGAGCUCCUACGGCGCCGCGGUGACGAAGCUCGAAGGCCCCUGGAUGGUGCGGCUCAACGAGCGGUUCGACUUGGCGACAGGCCAGCUGCUCGAUGACGACCGCGCCGAGCGCUUCGUCGAGGUCGUUCCGCUCCCACCGCCCGCUUCGGACGCCGGUGAAGCGAAACGGCGAACGCUACACGAAGCGAUCGAAGCCAUUGACGCCGGCAAGGUGAAAGCCGCCGCCGCGCCGCAAGCCGUCGCGCCGAUCACCGUAUCGCCCGACGAGAUCGUGACGUUCAGCGUCUCACGGAUUGGCGGCGAGUUGCGGCGUGACGCGUCGCCAUCGACCGAAGAGGCCGACGGCGCGAGCAAGGGCGUCGAUCCCCGGCGGCUCGGCACGUUGGUCCAUGCGAUCAUCGAGCGGCUCGACCCCACGGCGAGCAACUGGGACAACGCGAUCAACUCGUGGGCCGACGCCCAGGGCGCCGCGGAAGCGAAGCGGCUCGUGAAGCGCUUCGUCACAACGCCCGAAUGGGCCGCGAUGUGCGUGGCGCCAAGACUCGAGCGCGAGGCGGAGUUCCUCUUGCCGUGGCCGAUGCCGGACGGAUCGCCACCGGCGGCCAUCCGUGGUUAUCUCGAUGCGCUGUACCAAGACGCCAGCGGCGGCUGGCAUUUGGUCGAUUAUAAAACGAACGCCACCGCCGCGGCCGGUGUCCCCAUCCUGGCGGAGCACUACGCGCUGCAGAUGGCGGUCUACGCCCAUGCGAUCGAGGCGGCCACGGGCCAGCGGCCCGCAUCGCUGACGCUGGUUUUCCUCGCAGCGGGCGUGUCGCACGCCGUCCCCUGGGACGACAAGUCGCACGCUGAAUCGGCGCUGGCAAUCACCGAAGCGAUCGCCAACGCCCGACAAUCGACCGCAGAAGCGGAGCAGUGA